AUGCAAUACGAUCACCACUCUCCAUACUCCCAUCGCCCACAUGAUGGUCAGAUGUCAUAUAGCCAUGGAUAUGACACGAGAGUCAGCUCCAUAUAUGCCCCAAUGUCCGGGGAGCUGAGCCACCAGCCAUACAGCACCCCUGACACAUCACCACCCACGCCGUCGAGGCCACAAGAGGUGUUGACCACCCGCAGCGGUCUCAACAUCCACAAGGGGUCGACAACCAUCAAGCCGCUCGCAGCGAGAGCUUCACGUGUCGAAAAGUCAACGCCCAAGAAGAAGAAGGAGCGGGCAAAGUCGGCCAAAAAGUUUGAUGUCGUCAAGAACCCACUGAGCGAAUUGGCGAAGGAGCAACCGCAUGUUCCAGUAGCGGACAUUGGUGCCUAUGUCCAACGUUCUUCAGAAGUGCGGAUGAAGGAGGUCGAAGAGAGCAAGACGCCAGGCCGGGUCAAGCGACCGAUGAACGCCUUCAUGUUGUACCGCAAGGCGUAUCAGAAUCUCGCCAAAAGCCUCUGUACACAAAAUAACCAUCAGCUUGUAUCUCAGGUCUGCGGUGCCGGCUGGCCUUUGGAGCCGGAACCCAUCCGGGACCAGUUUAAUGAAUGGGCGAAAGAAGAACGUGCGAACCACCAGCUUGCUCACCCGGGCUACAAGUUUACACCGUCGAAACCGAGACCCAAGGCGAAAGAAGAGGAGUCGGAUCAAGGCGACAUGGACGACAUGGAAUGGAGGGGGAGCCGCGCAAGCUCCAGGAGCAGGCAAGUAAGGAAACAAGGAUACGGCAGGAAUGAAGCACCGCCGUCCAUCUUCCAUAACUACCCACCACUGCAGACGAGUCCCAUGGGUCUCGGCGUGCAGACACAGUCCAUGUACCAUUACAGCAACCCGGGAAAGCCUCUCCCAGCACCAUACAGUCAGAAUGGGCUUGGCGGCGGCCAAUAUUACCAGCAGAGCGUCCAUCAGCGUCAGGACGCCACCGGCUUCGUUGAAGACGUGCUCAUCAGGAAGACACCGUCACCAGCGAUGGGCUACGCAGCACCAUCAAUGGACCACCACUACGACGGCAUGGAUCAGUACGGUCCAAUGUCGCAUCCUGAUGGCAUCGAUCCGAUAAUUGAUCCGGGUCUAAUGGGCCAUGGAGGUCAUCCGUAUGGCGACGUGUACGGCAAUCACAUGCUACCUGUACCGCGAUGGACGAACCCGCUUAACUUCGGCGACGGAAGGCAGGAACUAAUUGACGGUAUGGGAUACGAAGAAAGUCUUCUGCAAGACCCCCAACUUCAGAUCCUAAGAGGACCAGAAAGUAGCUGGAGAGUGGAGGAGCUUGACAGCAGUCACUUCACCAACAGCUGGAUAGAACCAGAGUGA